AUGAAAUCGUUUAAAGUUUCAAGUGGAAUAAUGGAUAUCAUUAAAAAUUAAUCAAAAGAUGUUAAAUCUUCUUAAAUGAUAGUUGACAAAGUUAAUGAGAUUGUAUAUUUUAAUAUAAGAUAUAGCAUAGUGGAAUUGAUGAAAAUAAUCUAAAAUUAGUUAAUUAACAUCUUAUGAACCAUUUUCAAUUGAAGCCAAUUGUAAGUCCAAUAGAAUAACCAAAUAAUCCAUUGUAAAAAAUACGGAAUCGUUCUAAAACUAAAUUUUAAUCAUUAUUACAUUCUUAAAUUAGUUAAGAAGUUGAGUCAGUUCAAAAUUCAUAUUAAUAUACAGAACUACUUAGUGAGAAGGAUAAGGAAAUAAAUUAUUAUAAGAAUCAUAUCUAACAAUUAACAGAAGAAUUGUAAAAAUUAACUGAAUUGUUUGAAACAGUUAGAAAUGAAAAUUAAUCUCUUAAAAAUUAAGUUGAUCAAAGUUAAAAUUAUCAAUUAAUCAUAUCUAAUUAAUAGAAAUAGAUUUUGAAAUUGCAAUAAGAUAAUGUAGAAUUAGAAAUGAUUUUGAAGAACACAUUAUUACAAUAAGAAAGAUAAAAAUUUUAAUCAUAAUCUUCAAAAUAAUCAAUAAUGAUUAAAAAAAAUUCAUUAAAUGGAUAAAAAUUAAAGUUAUUUAAUAAUAAUUUAAGUUUGAGUGAAUAAAUUAAUAAUUCAAAUAUGAGUACAAGUUUUAUAUCUUGUCCAGAUAAUUAUAAUUAAAAAUAGAAAAGUCAUAGAGUUAAUGAAAGAGUAAAAACUAAUUAAACAGUUCCUACUCUUCCUGAUUCUAAAAUAUAUUCAAAUGAUCAAUAUUAUAUAUUAAAAUAAGGGAAAGAAAAUAUCAAGAUGAGAUAUUGA